AUGAGUGAGCAGGAGGUCACUUAUUCAACUGUGAGAUUUCAUAAGUCUUUAGGUUUGCAGAACCAAGUGAGGCCUGAGGAGACUCAGGGGUCAAGAGAAGCUGGAAAGAGAGAGUGCUCUGUCCCCUGGCAUCUCAUUGUGAUAGCUUUUGGAAUCCUCUGUGCCCUUCUGUUGGUAAUUGUUGCAGUGUUGGUGACAAAUAUUUUUCAGUAUAACCAAGAAAAACAUGAACUGCAGAAAACUCUAAACUGCCAACAUAACUGUAGCACCAUGCAAAGUGAUAUCAACUUAAAGGAAGAAAUGCUGAGAAAUAUGACUCUAGAGUGUAGUACAGGCAAUGAUCUUCUGAAAUCCCUCAACAGAGAACAGAAGAGAUGGUAUAGUGAAACCAAGACUGUUUUAGAUUCCUCACAGCACACAGGUGGAAGAAUGGAAAUACACUGGUUCUGCUAUGGAAUAAAGUGUUAUUAUUUCAUCAUGGACAAAAAAAGAUGGCGUGGAUGUAAACAGACAUGCAAGGAUUACAGCUCAUCCCUUCUGAAGAUAGAUACUGAGGAUGAACUGAAGUUGCUUCAGUUCCAGGUUACUCCAGGCAGUUACUGGAUUGGAUUGUCAUAUGAUAAUAAGAAAAAAGAUUGGGCAUGGAUUGACAAUGGCCCAUCUAAACUGGACUUGAAAAUAAGGAAAUUCAAUUGUAAGCUUGGAAGAUGUGCAUUUUUAACUAGAGCAAGACUAGAAGAUACUAGCUGUGAAAGUUCCUACCCCUGUAUUUGUGAGAAGAGACAGAAUAAAUUCCCUGAUUAACUCUCCAAGAGUCAAAGAACAUAGUCUUCUGUGCAAACAUAAAGACAAACCUGCAAGAGCAUUGGGAAUGUUCUCUGAAAUCUGACCUGACAGAGCAGAGGCAAUCUACCUACCUAAUGGACAUAGGACACAUCUCCUCUGGUGCAUGGAUACCUCUU